UUUCACCCUUUGCGCCAGACGGAGGAUUAUUGGUCUUACCAAAUUUCUGUCGAGAUCGAAGGAUUCGAACUUAUCUGCACCUCCUUUUAUCGUCUUUCUCGCAACAACCCCUCCAAUCCUACUCGCAAUGGGCAAAUUGACCUCCACGAUCGGUAUCCCGAUCAAGCUUCUUAACGAAGCCCAGGGCCACGUCGUCACCCUGGAAAUCACCUCCGGAGUCGUGUAUCGAGGAAAACUUCUCGAGGCCGAGGAUAACAUGAACGUUCAACUGAAGGACAUCACGGUUACUGCUCGGGAUGGUCGCGUGUCGCAUUUGGAUCAGGUUUAUAUUCGCGGAAGCCAUGUGAGGUUCUUCAUUGUUCCGGAUAUGUUGCGGAACGCCCCCAUGUUCCGCUCAAGAGGCCAGCGCGGCCGCGGUGUCGGUCUCGCUCGUGGUAAGGCCACCGUGCAGCGUGCCCGGGGCCAACGGAGGGGUUAGAAAAAAAAAGCGGGAAAUAUUCAUAUCUCAUAUUAAUGGCGUUUGAUUUUUGCUUUUUUUUUUCUUUUGUUCCUUUCAUGUUGCCGUUCUAACAUUUUACAUUGGGGCUUUU